GCUCCUUUCUUUUUUCUCUCUCUUUGAUACUUACUAAAAUCUUUAAUGAAUGGGUCCAUUUCAUGCAUCUCCCACUUCACUGCAGAACCUUUUUUGGCUUUUUAACACUCUCUUUCUUGCUUUUAGUGAAUUUUGUGAGAUGGUUGUCCUUUUAUUUGCAAGACCCAUUUGUGUUUAUUGUUAGCUUUUGAAAUUUAUAAUUAUACUUUCUUGUAGGAGAGGAAAGGAGAGGUCUUUCUGAAAAUCUGAAUCUCAGUUUCUUGGGUUUGGGUUCCUUGAAGAGAAGAAUACCCCCUUUUUUCCUGAUCAUGCAAGGAAAUUAAAUUAAUCCGCUUUUUUUUUUAUUGUUAUAGAAAAGAAAAGUGACUGCAUGAGUCUCUGUUGGCUUUUCUCCACCUUGUUCUUUCUCUUUUUUGUUAAAGAAAAAAACAAAAGUUGCCACUGUUUUUCCGGCUUUUGAUUAUAUAUACUCUUUCAUGGAGAAAGAGAGACCAAUGAUUCUAUGGUAAUAAUAAGCUGGUGUUGAAAUAGCCUUGUCUUUGGUUUUCCAAGGAACCCAAUAUAUAUGUAGUAUCAAUCACCAUAUGUAAACUGACCAUUUUGUCUUUUAAGUAUAUGUAUUUACAUACUUAAAAAAAUGAAAAAUUUCUCAUGCCUGCUUUCAGAAAUUCCUAUGAAUCUGCAAUAAAGUUAUUCACUUUAUUUUUCUUUCUACAAGCCUGCUUGUGAAACUUUGGCUUCCUUUUUGUGGUGUAUCCCUCUUCAGGAAAUGAAUGCAAGGUGGAUGUUACUUGAUUUUUAGAUCAUCAGAGAUUUGAAAGAUUACCCACAAAAACUAGAAAGAACUAGCUUCUGCUGGCACGUUACUGUGAUUUUGCAAAUGAUACAGAAGAACAUAAGAAGAUUUUGAAACUAUUUUAUGCCUUGUUGUCAUGGAAAACCGUCUGUUUAAUGCUCCUAUUGACAUGUCCAGCAGGAAUUCCAUUUCCAUGGAAGGAAUUGGAUCACAAAUGACUCUAAACUCGCUUUUCUUCGAUUCAUUUGACCUCAACAACCAAAACCAAAAUUUGGAUGGGUAUACUGUGCUUCCUACAUUGCGAGGAACGCCCAUAAGUGGAAAUGUUGAUUUUGCAAGAGAUCAAGAGGAGUUUCAAGAACAAUUUCCGAUUUCCGGUCCUGCACUAGCUACUAUUGUAGCCUCAUCAAGAAAUGGUCUUCAAGAAAAUUUGACCAGCUUAGCUAUUUCAGAACCUUCAAUGUAUCCUUCAGAGGUUUUAAGAAGUUAUGUUUCCAAUAAUGAUCUCUCACAUGGUUUGAAUUCUUCAUUUGCCUCCUCUGUCAAUUACUCCUGCGAUGAAGUGUUUGGUAAUGUGAAUGCGAAAGAGGAAGUUAACAGACUUUCUGCUCCUAUAAGAACCGGGUUUCAAAAUUACUCUUCCAUAGGAGAUAUGGAGCCAAAUAGUUGGAUAUCUUCAAAUAGCGUGAAUGUGAACACUGAUAAUCUUUACAGUUCAAGUAAGUUUAGUAAUGAACUAUCUUUAAGUCUGGCUACAUCCCAACCUUCUGGUAUAAAUGGGAGUCAUAUUGCUGAUCAGUGUUCGGAAAUAAGUUGUUCGGGUGUAACACGCCAUUGCUUCAAAGAAACAAGGUUAGGGUCAGAACAAACUUCUUCAAGCUGCAAGGAGCUUUCUUUGAGUUGUGGUUCAUACAGGGCAGGUCAAUUUUCACAUGUAAUAUCAGGGUCCAGAUAUCUUCAAUUAAUACAGGAGAUACUAGCUCAAAUUGCAAGCUAUUCACUGGAGAAUUUAGACCAAAUGAAUUUCUCAUCUAUCGGAAUCAAGGUGGGAACGAAUAUGCUAUUCUCUUCGAGUUACCCUGUGGAGGGAGGGAUGUAUCCCAUGGGUCCUGACGAAUCGCCUAAUGUGAAUGAUAGAUUUGAAGUUCAAGUUGAUCCGGCAUUGCAGAAGCGGGCACUUGAAGCAAAGAAAACACAGUUGCUAACUCUACUUCAAUUGGUUGACGACCGGUAUAACCGAUGCUUGGAUGAGAUACACACAGUUGUGUCUGCAUUCCAUGCUGCAACCGAGUUGGACCCUCAAAUGCAUACUCGUUUUGCUCUCCAAACAAUCUCCUUUAUGUACAAAAAUCUUAGAGAGAGGAUUAGCAAUCAAAUCCUAGCAAUGGGAGCACAUUUUGAUUUUACAGGUGCGAGAGGGACAGAAGUAUCUCUUGAAACUUCUUAUCUCCAAAAGCAAUGGUCUCUUCAGCAACUGAAGAAAAGAGAGCAUCAACUAUGGAGACCCCAGAGGGGAUUGCCUGAACGAUCUGUCUCAGUACUACGUGCAUGGAUGUUUCAGAACUUCCUUCACCCGUACCCGAAAGAUGCAGAGAAGCAUUUGCUCGCGGUAAAGAGUGGACUAACAAGAAGCCAGGUUUCCAAUUGGUUUAUUAAUGCCCGAGUUCGGUUAUGGAAACCAAUGAUCGAGGAAAUGUAUGCUGAGAUGAACAGGAGGAAAGGCAGACAAGGAGAUGAGGGAAGCAACAGCAAUCAGAGAAACCACAUCAGCAUCAGCAAUCUAAGAUUUAACGUGAACUGAAAAUUGAAAGGUAGGUAAUGGGACAAAGCAUUAAUUAGUUAUUAUUGUUUAGUAGAGGGCAGGAAAAGAAAAAUCAUCCAUUAAUGGAUGUGACUGUACAUAAACGCUCUAUAAAGUUAGAGUUUAGGGUGAUCUUAGAUCUCUCAUUGAACGAAUCAUCAGAAUGCAAUUAUUUUGUAUGCCCAUAGCCAUUUUCUUUAAUUAUUUCUCUUUAACAGUGAAAA